CAAUCAUGUCGUUCAGAGCCGGUCUCCGUUUCUUCAAUGCUUUCCGCAACCAGGCUGUCCGCACCGGCAAGCCCGUCGCUCAGAGACGCACCUAUCAGUCCGCAGCCGAGACCAAUGUUGACCCUCCGCCAAACCAGUCUCGUCUCCAACAGCUCUGGUCGUCUCCCGUCGGCCCCAAGACCGUCCACUUCUGGGCCCCUAUCAUGAAGUGGGGUCUCGUCCUCGCCGGAGCCGCCGACUUUGCUCGUCCCGUCGAAUCGCUUUCGCUGUCGCAGAACGGUGCCCUCAUGGCUACCGGUUUGAUCUGGACCCGCUGGUGCUUUGUCAUUAAGCCCAGAAACCUUNUUGUACGUGCAAUGAACUCUAAGCCCGAGUCUCGCGGUCAAAACCUCGCUUCCGUCAACUUCCUCCUCUUCUGCGUCGGCGCAACACAGGUCUCGCGUAUUCUCCUCUGGCAACAAGCCCAAAAGGGCGACUCUAUCCCCGAAGAACUCAAGAAGGCUGGCAAGCAGGAGGGCAGAGAACUUGAGGCUAUCGCCAAGGACCCCAAGGGUGCCAUUGAGAACGCCAAGAAGGUU